AUGCUGCAUGUACAUGUACCACAUUAACGUGCUAGAGUAUGUCAAGCAGUAUAUCUGCUGGCCUAGGACUCAUGUACUGUAUUCUCCUGAGCGUUUUCUGUGUAUACAGUCUUGCAUCUAUUCCCGUUUCCGAUCGUGUGUUUACAUAGGGGUGUCGCCCCCCUGUACUUAUCUCAUUAUUGAUUACUUUGUAUACACGCUGCUCUCAUCUUCCAUGAUUCAAUGUACAGUGAUAAUAGCGCGAAAUGAGGCUGACACUCACAUGGACAUGGUAUUGGAAUGCAGUGUCAAUAUUGUAAAACCGAAAUAGCAACAGGUAGGCCUGGGCUACAUGCGUGCAACGUAGUCGGUCACAAGCUGUUGUGGAUCCAACUGGGAACAGACGUGAGUAGCCUAUGCAUCUGUAAAUGCAAUUGUAUCAAUCGGAGAUAGUGUUGUGUGUAAAAUGAAUGGCGAUCAGAUGCAUGCUCUGUGAAGAUGGAGCAAAGUCUGGCACCCGUCAACGUGAAUAACAACAAGCCCGAGUCUCCCGUAAAGAAGAUGGGCACCGUACCGCCGAUCAAGUAUUCCUCUACCAUGCCGCAUCCCAGGAAGGGAGUGUGGUGUGCAGGAGGCAGGGCCAUCCCCAGCCUCACCACGGGCAAGGAACUGAGGCAGGAACAUGAAUUUCUGGUGCAAACCUGUAGCAGCACUGAAGAGAGGGUCUCUUGCCAAUUGAAAAUGCUGCGAAGAGAACUGAAGGCUAUGCGGAUGCAGGACCAGUUGUUACUGCGACAGCUCCUACGUAUCUAUGCAAUGAUAAACGAUCUCUAUGGCAACGCUCAGGACCGGUCUCCAAGCAACCAACAGGAGGCACCUAUCAUGGCUGACGAGGUGGCUGACCUCCUCACACAAUCCGGGCACCUGGACAUCCGGGACAUUGUCAGUCGAUUGUCGCCACUGCGGCGGCGGAGGGGGAGCGACCCUGAAGCCCUGCACUGCGGCGUCACCGGCAUGCUCGAGUUCGAAGAGUCAGAUGUCGAGGACGUGUUCAGCAUGUCGUGUCCUAUCUUCAUCUGACAUCGUCCCGAACUUGGCACUGAACACCUGUUAUUCAAGCUCGUGUGACCGAAGAAGCCUACAGCCAAUGUACAAUAUCGACGUACAACACAUGACAGUCUACUGCACAAUCGUUAACCAGUUAAGCAUGAAAUGUCAAUGUAGCUUGCUUCAUUUAUUGGCUGUCAAGGACGUCCAUUUGACAAGCAAAACUGUGACUGCAUAUCCACAGCAGUAGGAUAUAACAAUUAAUCAUCAUCAGGGGCGGAUCCAGGAAUUUUGCCGGGGGUCAGACUUGUCAAAUGUCUGGUUUUACGGUCAGCCGGACACCUAAAUAAUGCAUUACAAUAUUAUAUUGAUGCAAUACCAUAAGCAACCUUGUAGGAUCUGAUUUAAUUUCAUUUUUCAUUUCAUUUUAUUUACUGGUUUUUUUUGGGGGGGGGUGUCAGAGCAGGGAGCUGACCCGGCCACCCCCACCCCAACUCCUGGAUCCGCUCUAGACCGUGCUCGAGGACUGGAUGGUGUUGAUGGGACUUGGACAGCACACAAUGUUCUCCCCAAUUCGAGACAACGACAGACUUUAUUUUUAAGUCAUGUAGAUGGAGAGAAAUUAAGGAUAUGAGCCUCGAUCUGGACCAAGAGAGGGCGCAAUUUUCUGAUCAACAGAGGCUCCUUUGGUCGGAACAGAACUUCGGUGGUUCACG